AGCGCGCGGCUGGCGCACCUCUACGCGCACAUUUUCGCAGAGUGGAGUUUCUGUUCGGUCAGGACAGGUCUGAUGUCUGAUUUUAGAUAGUUUCCGCAUCGAAAGCGCCAACUCUCUGGGGAAUACAGUCUUUCUUUUUCCUCUCCUAGAGUCAAAGGAGGAGUAAAGUGAUAUUUGCUUUCUACAAAUGGGAAUUACGCACGCUGGUGAACUUUUGGCUAACUUUUCUCCUCAGUGAUUGUCAGCUCUGCUUCGCUGGCGCAACAUGCCGGAGCGAAUCAGCAUUUCGGACUUCGUGGUCCUGACUAACGAGGACUUGUCUUCGCCGGGGACUUCAAGUUUUCAGUCCAAAAUGAGCGACUGUCGCUGCACAGUUUCAACCGUGGAGGAGGUGAGGAACGGUAGAGGUGUGGAGAGAAAUCUGCGCUUUUGUCCGCUGUUUACCUGGUUUCUCUUAGGAGGCUACACGCUGCUGUGGCUCCACUUCACCUGUAGUCAAGCUAACUUUAGCUUAGGGAGUUUAAACUUUCAAUUAUAUAUCUCCACACCAUAUUUUUGAUGUUGUUUAACUGGAAAGACGCGCUGACAUAAUGAAACAAAACACUACACUUUGUCUUUUUUAUAGGUCUUGUCUUUUUAUUUAUUUAUUUAAAAUUUAUUUAUUUAUUAUUAAUUUUUUAUCUGUCAUUUUUAUUUUUUUAUACAUUAACAUUUUUUUAUAUUUUAUAUAUUUUAUUUUUUUUAUAGCUCAGUCUUACUACCUUUUGCAAAUCUGGGACAGAUUUACCUGGGCCACGUCCAAAGUGUUUUAUUUGCACAAGCUCGAGUUUAAUUUUUCUGUGUUGACAUAGAUAUAAGUGGUAAGAUAUAAGUCCUCAGAGUGAUUUUGCACAGUUUUUAAAUCUAAAACUGGUAACCAUCAAGUAGGCUGUCUGUGCUUUCUGUUUUGGGUCAUGCACUUGCUUUGUCUUCAGAUGUGGCUGCAUGGAUGUUGGCCUUCAUGAUGAUUCAGGGUAGGUUGGUCUGGCUCAGCAGAAAAGUGGAGGUUACAUGAGGUAAAGCAGCUCAGAAGAAGUUAACUUGGUCUUCUGUGUCAUGGGAGAAAACAGAAAACUCAAGCAGAUAAAAGAGUUUUCCUUCAACUGGCUUGUUUUUGUGAGUGUAAGCACAUAACACACAGACACACACACACAGAUGUUUGUCCAUUCUGACAGGCAUGUCUGUUGAAGGCCAGUCUGUCUGUUUGAACUCGUACUUUGGCUCAGAGUCUGUUUGAGGUCUCUGUGUGUGAACAUUUGUGUUUGUUUGAAAUCUGUUCUGCUAAAGCUCCUCAGGCAAAGGAGGAAACACAGGGAAGCUGCCAUGAACUCUGCCAUAAAACAAAUAACCCAAGUUUGCACACCGGUCGAGUCUUCCUUGUUUCUGUGACACAACAGUGUGGUCAGUGUUUUGAAUAGUGAAAGAUGAUUGCAGUGAACAUCUGAUAGGUCUCGGUUAAUCAUUCAUCUGAAUAUGUGUCAUUACCGAGAAAGACAGAGCUAGAAAACAGACUGCUAAUCAAGCAUGGGGAUCAAAGAAGAUUGUGUUUAUGAAGAAAACAGUUUCAACCAGCUGUCUCACUUUUUUUUUUUAUCUUGUACUAAUGUUCUUUAUUUAUGACUGUGACAUCCUGGAAAGUAAAUAGUUGGAAUAACUGCUCUGGGAAGGGACAUGCAAGAAUCCUGCACAUGUGCACACACGACGGAUAAAGGGACAGACCGACAGACGCGGACACAAAUGUAAAUGCAACAGUCCCUUUAUAGAGAAAUCAGUGGUUAUGUUUAGUCUGCUCAGCUGGGACAAGCCUGAUUAAUGGCCUGGGCAAUGUGUGGGCAUGUGUGUGGUUUAUGGCAACAAGCGGGGAAACAGAAACACCAUUUUACCCCCCACACACACUAGGCUGCUUGUUACUUAUUACCCCUGAUUUGAGGCAGUGAUAGAGAAGUAAGACAGGCAGAUAAGGAAUGGUUUCGUUUCCUAUAUCAGUAGUGCGCACACAGCUUUGUGUUCUUGAUGGGGGUUUUUUAAGUCAGCUCUAAAGUUCGGCCCUGUUUUUGACACGCUGAAAUGAAAUACUGUAUGUUUUCCUGCUGCUAAGAGUGUCGUAACCCACUGUUGAUGUUGUAAAUGGAGAUCAGAUGUCUGUUAGUCAUAAAAUAUCAAUAUCUGCUGUCACACACCCUAAAGCAGGUGUGACCAACUUUUCAUAUAAGAGCAAAAAGGUGCUAUUAAAACUAGCUUCCCAAUAACACAGUGCUGGGAAGAUUAGUUGGAAUGUGUGUUAUUCUUUGCCAGUUUCUCUUGGAGUGUGCGUCCUCCUUGAGUUUUCCCCAGAAAAUCAGGAGAAGCAACCUGUUUCCUUCAACCUGCACCGGCUUGUUUUCACUGUUUAUUCUUUAUCAGCCAGCCAGAAAGCAACUCCCAACCCCAGUCUACUCUUAAAUCACUUUCCCAUUCAUUGUCUGCAUGGUCCAAUAACACAACAGCCAUUCUGCCUUUUAAUUAGGAAACUAACACGUAGGGAGUGGACUUGACCAGGGAGGACUGGGGCGUGUGAACAACACCAUCUUACAUGGCGGAGUCUCUGUUAAAUCUAGAUUACUGGCUUGUUAAAGCUAUUCCUGGUGACAAAUAGGUGGAGUUCAGGGUGUCUGAAGCUGUGAAACAAGUGGCCUGUGUGAAGAGAAUAAAUAGUAUGUUGUUUCAAACCUUGUUGGUUUGGAAGGGAUUACUUUUCCAAAUACAAAGAAGACUGUUUGCGCCUCUGCGACUUCGUGUGUCAUGUUUGUAGAAGGGAAUUUUUUUCCCGGCUGAGAGAAAACCCUGUCUGGCCUGAGUGUGAGAAAGUGUUGUUUGAACCUGAAAAGUGACAGCCAGUCAGUCAGACAGGUGAAAUUCACACUGUGACAUCAUCGGGGGUUAAACAUGACGACGCAAGACAGACGGCUGUGUUGCUAACCAGAGCUGACUCACUUUUUUUUAGUCACACACUGUGGGAAAAUUAACUACAGGUGAACUGACACACAUAACUUUUGUAAACAUGAGGAGGAAAGCAACACAAGUCAAAACUGAGCAGAUAAUCCUCAAAGUACCAGAUAGUCCAUGAAAGGGAGGGAGGAGUUUAGAUAGUGGUUCACUAGUCCUGUUCUUAAAACGAAGUGCAGAAAGAUAACAUUAUUUUGUCAACAUACUUAUACUGUAACUCAAAGUUAUUGACUUGAUGGUUUUCGUGGAGUUAGAAAUAACAUGGUACAUAGAGAUGCUCUGAUCAUAAUAAAUCUACGCUGAUACUGACACUGAUGUUGUUUGUACUCAUUGUUUUGUCAUUCUGUUUGUCUGUUUUCACUGCCAACAUGUUUGACUUUGAAAACAAAUCAGUUUUGUCCAAAUGGUGACCUUAGCUCAAUAAAAAAACAAAACCCUCUCUGAAUCAGCACAUAGGUAUACUAGCUGUCAGUAUUAAACUACAAAGAUGUGAUGAGUUACAGUCUACUGAGACUCUAUUCUCGUCUGUGCUGCUGUCUAUCAACAGAACCAGGUCUUUAUUUCUUGAUUCUGAAUUCAUAUCUCUUUGUUUUUCAUUGUUUUGUUUCAGUCGCUGGAAAUGGACCACACAACUCUUCAGAAAAUGAAGAAGAUCAUCAAAACUAUUCACACCUCUGGAGUCGGUAAGUGUGUCAGCUCACCAUAUAAGUGACACAAAAUAGUCAUUCGAGAAAAUGCUGCCAACUUCAGGCUAAUAGACUAGCUAUUUCUUGAAUUUUCUAUUGUCUUUGUGAGCAGAUGGAGCUUCAGUGACACAAACUGUAAACAGUAUUAUAGAGGGCUCCACUUAUUCACUUAGUGGUCACUUCACUGUCAUGGCUUUCAGGUAGGAAGUUACAGAGUCCAGGGCCUGUUACAGUGACCCCGGUACCUUGUGUUCUGUUAUGAUUUUAUUCACAAUACUGUCAGGAGUUAUUCCCUAAAUUGAGUUUAAGUCAUGGGUCAGAGGUUAUAGUUGGUGUUUAAGACAUCAUUUUCACACAAGAUGCAAUCACACGCUUUUUUUUUAAAUUAUUUUUAUCAGCGAGAAACACAUAAAAUGAGUCCAAUCACAAUUACACAUUUGUGGCAAAGCAAACAAACAGGCCCAAUUAGACUAACAUAUUCUCCUAGCUAUUACACUCCCUUUCAUUUUAUAAUAUGUAAAGUAAGAAUAUUUGAACUAUGGAUGUCACAUUUCCUUAUUUUCCACAAGAUCAACCAAUAUCAGUUUUCAGUUGUCCAAGUUAAUAGUCUGAUACUUCAAGUUAUGUAUCAGAUGUAUUUAGAGAAGUUCAGGUCUCCGUGCUCUUCUAUAUCUGAUCCAAUUCGACCAACGUCUCUUAAAUGUCUCCGACUGUUGUCUCAGAGUGAAUGUCAGGCGCUCUAUAAUGUAAAUGUUCAUGAACAGUUCCUUGCCAGUCUUCCAGUGUCGGUGAGUUGGGUUGUAAGCGCUUCCUUGUUGUAGUCCUCUUUGCUCCAAUCAGAAAUAUCUUCAUUAGAUAUCUGUCUGCUAUCACUUGAGUUCGUAAUGCCACGGUACCUAAAUACAUUAAGCUGACACCAAACUGUAUAGUAAUUUGAAAUAUGUAUUCCAGACUAUCAUGAAUUUCAUACCAAUAAGAUUCGGGUUAUUCGAAGUUUCGGGCAGUCCCAAAAUAAAUGAUAAUGGUGAGCUAAAUCCGAACCACACAUCCUCCAACAACUUACUCCACCACCUUGGUGUUUCUUCUGAGCUGGUGUUAUAAAAAAUCUCAUUAUGUUUUUCCAUCUGAAUUCUCGACAGCUAUGUGAAUUUGUGGUUUUCCACUGUAACUUACAGAUAUCUUCCCAUUCCUCCUCAGAUAUGACCAAACCUCCCUCCCUUUCCCAUCUACAUUUAAUACCUGAAUCAGUCUUGGGUCGGGUUUACUAUGUCAAAUCACCCUCUACCUCAUCAAGACAGAGCUUUAAUUUAGCUUGAUUGUACAAAUGUUUGAGUGUAAUGGUCAGUACUCUACUCUUCGCCUGUCCAUGCAUAUUAAGCGUGUCAACUCAGCACUUAAGUGAAGGGCAGCUUUCAUUGUGGCAGGGUGAUGAGUGCAUAGGGGAGCCACUCCAUAAUUCAUUGUGCAUGCCUGGUUAAGAUGACCUCAUCGAGCCCGUGUGGGCAGUGGUGUUUAUGAGUGAGGCCCCUUGUUAUGGGUGCGUGGGAUGAAGGGUGAUUGUGUUUAUAUCAAUACAGAGCGCAUGGUUUUGUGGUGUAUGUGUGUAAAAGCAAAGUGCAUGACGGUUUCGGCAACAACAGGGUGCUAAACAUUGACGUAGCAGAUCCGCUCAACCGCUAAGUGAAUGUUUUGUGGAUGUGUGUGAGUCAUGCAUGCCCGCUCUACGACAUCAAAAUCUAUCAGAAGUGAAAAAAUGCGUAAGACGUGAGUGUUCGCCUCAAAAAUGCGCGGGAGAAACAGAGGAACUGCAAUACAUAUCCUGAAGUUGUUUUUCUGCGCUCGCUAACAAGCCUGCUUCUCAUUUCCAGGCUUCUACUCAUAGUUUUUGUAAAAGUGAGUCACAGAUCCAGCUGCCCAGAAUUAAGCAACCAGAUACGGUCAGCGGUGAUGUUGUUGCUGCGGCAAAGUGCUCAAUUUAUAUUCUCCAUACGUGUCCACUCUACCUCUUUAUUUCCUCUGGAUCUAAGUAGAAUCAUAUGUGCUAGUUCCAGUAAUAUGACAACAAGACCCCCUCCUCCCUCUUCUCCUUUCCCCUGUUGGUAUGUUUUUGAACCCCUCAAUCAGUCCUGUUGUUAAUCCACAGCCUGACUCACUGCACACACACUCGUACCCCCACUCCUCUCCUCCCCCCAUGCAGUCUAAUGGUCUGUUACUGGGUCACCAAUGCAAAAACACACAUACACACAUAUGGUGAGAUGUUCUCCUCUUUCACUCUCUAUUCCCAUAAAACCACCAAAAGUACCACUUUUCUGCCAAGAUGCCGUGGCCCACAUCUCUGUGUGUGUUCUGGGUGAGGAGGGAAAGAGCCAAAUUGCAUUGCUGGUACCUGCUAGUUAAAGGUCAGCUGAAAAAUCAUCCUCUGAACUCGUCUCUGACUCAGCUGCUUGUAAAGUUGUUUGUGAUCACUCUUUAAUGAGCUCCUCAGACCCCCUCCCCCCUCCUCGGCACAGAUCAGCGUUUUCUACUUAGAUUCACAAUCCUGCUUUUGCUCUGAAAGUUUGUACAACUGUGUCGGGCUGUCUCUUAGCGACAGACAGUUUAUUGAUUCAUAUUUGUCUUGGAGUGGGAACUAGAGCAGAAGAAAUCAGCCGACUGUACUCUUCCUGCUUUUGUCUGCUUUGUCUUCUGCAGAUGUCUGGUCCAACCAUAUGUUCCUUUUCUGCUUCCCUAAAUCAAUAUCAACCAGCACUUUUCUUGACCUUUUAUCGGUAUCUUUUAGUAUUUUCUUUGUUGUAGUUGUUAGUAACUCUAAAAGUUCCCAGUGUGGCUUUAAAUCUUUACAUCAUUGAGUUGUUUGAUUGAUGAAGACUGAUUUCCAUGGUGGAAACUGUGCUUUUUUGUUAUUUGACAUCUAAAUAAAAGCCUUAAAAUGUCUGCAGGGUGAGGUAAAAGCCGAUUUAAUGUAAAGUCAAGUCGAGUGGUGCCAGUCUGGAGUUUCUUCUCAGCCUUUUUCCACAUAAAUCCAACAGACUGGAAACUUACAGAGGUUAUGACCCCUGGGAAAGUGACCUAUAAACCCGAGAGAAACAUGGCUCCUGAUAAGUCUGCCUGGCUCCUGAUGGGUGGAAACCAGUGCUAAUUUAUCCCACAUGCUUGUCUAGUUAAAGUACUCUCUCUGCACCAGGACAAGUCAGUCUGCCCUCCUUAGAUUUUCUACACAUGCAACUCAAGUCCACAUCUCCAUUAACUGUCUAUUCUAUGUGUUGUUUUUUCAGCCCAUGUUGACAACAAGGAGCAGUAUAUCGAGGUGCUGGAGAACCUGGGGAACAGUCACUUGACCCAGGACAACAAUGAAGUCUCUACAGGCUUCCUCAACUUGGCGGUGUUCACCAGAGAGGUCACAGCACUCUUCAAAAAUCUGGUGAGGAAAGAGGAAAACAGUGGGGAAGGGGAAGGGAGCCAGGUUACUAAAAAUUAGCCUCCUCGACAAGAGAACCACAAAAGGGAAACCCAGAGGACUGAGGGGGGGAGGGAUGGAAAUUAAAACACAACUCAAGGAAAAAGCGAUGAAUUGCAUGACUUGAAAAUAACUUCAAUGAUGGAAUUAUGUGCGAGUUCAAGUGAGGAGAAAGAAAAUAAUUACAUAAAUCUGCAGAUGAAUGUAUCCGAUCCUUACCUUUGAGAUCCUGGGUGCAUGUAUUUCUCAAAAGCAUGAGAGCGCCCACAUACAUGCAUGAACGAGUGCAUGCAGGAAAAAGGCCUUUCAACAGCUGCAUUCUCGUGCCUCCAGCCUCCAAAUCUAGGGCAGUCGCGAACCCUCCCACUGAUAGUUUCUAUGGCGAUAAUAAUUCAUCCCAGACCUCCAUUUGUGAGUCAACAGUCCUGCGCGCACACACUCCCUCCUUUGUGUCAGUCAAGAUGUCACAGGGGAGACCGGGCCUUCCAGAGGUGAAGACUAAGUAGGUCCAAAUGACUAACAAAUCAACCUGAGUGUGGCCCUCAAUUUGUGCACACACACUUUUACACGCAGUGAUCCAUGUCACGUGGUCAUUUGUUGACACUUUAAAGGGUUGGUAUUUCCCUGUGUCGGAGCUCCAUGUAAUGUCUAUUAGUUACCUCAGCUUAUGUAAGCCAACCAAAACAAUCGAACCAGUCUCCAGGCCUUGUGUCAAUAUGUAAAGGUUAGCUCAAAGGAAGUGGUUGAAUAUUAUUUAUGUGAGGAACCAAGUGUAGCUUGGUUGGACCCAGUAGGAUUCAUGGAAAGCCCACAGUGACAUUCAGAAAGAGGCUGUGUGCAUUUUGGCAGCGGUCAACAGGAGACUCGUGGACAGGAUAUGAAGGAUGGCGUAGCUGCAUGCUGAAUUAUAGAGACUCUGUGACCCCGUGAGGAUGUGGGGAAAUUGAGAAUUAGUGUAAAGCUCAACAGUCGUGGCUUUUCUGGGUGUUUUUUUUUUUUCAUCUGUCCCCAUGAGAUCCCUGAUAGACUCAGCCUAUUUCAUUUCCAUCAAAAAAAAACUUGAUUUGAACUCCCACUUUACUGUACAGUCAUAAAAACAAUCGCAUCACUCACACUCCCCCUUGAAUCCAAAAAUCUCAAUGGUGCAGAUCACUUACGAAGUGUGUCCGUUCGAUGAGUCAACGGUUUGAAGUGGCUGAAUCAUCAUGUUUUGGGGUUAUUCGGACUCAUUCCCAGAAACACAGGUCCACAGGGGUGCAGAGGCAUGUGUGAGUGUGAGUGAGUGUUUGUUUUUACAGUGGGAGAUAGAUAAGGGCCACCUGAAACAUCAUGGGGAAUAUUUUAAAUUAAUUCAUCACUUGUUUUUGAAUCCUUUUUCAGGUGCAAAACCUCAACAACAUCAUGUCAUUUCCUUUGGAAAAUGUGUUGAAGUCAGAACUCCGGGACAGCAGACUCGUGAGUGAAAGUUUUAAAACUUGUCUUGAAUGUCUUAUUUUAGAGCUGAGAAACCACACCUGAGUAGAAAAAAAGGGUCCAGUUCUAGACCUUUAAUAGCUCAGUUUUAAUAUUUUUGCUGUAGUGAUCUACAGCUAAUCAAUACAGUAAGGUCAUAUGGUACCUAUCAGACCAAAAGAGCUUUUUUGAUAUCUUGUAAAUCACACAAAAGGUGUUGUAUUAAAUACAUUCAAGUUAAAAAAAGGAUAUUUGUAGGAUUGAAUAUUUAGAUGCUUGUAAAUACAAAUGUUAUUCUGUGUGGAUGUUAACUUCAUGGCCGGCUAAAAUCAGUUUAAGAUUGGAUUUCCUCUUUGAGCUCAUAAUGCAGCCUGUCUGUGCCUUUAGCUGCAGCUGAAUCCCCAAAGAUAUUGGCAAAGAUGUGGCUGUUUAUGCAGAUUAAUGAGUAUAAGCCAGAGCUCUGUUCCAGCACUGAAAAGAUCUCUCUUUCUCAGUCAGUACUCGGCCUUUUGAUUUGUCGUGCCGGCAGACACAGCGAGUAAUAACAGGCUAAUGCUACUGAAAGCUCCUGUCACUGCCCCUGUGUGUGUGAAACAGCUGAUCUGACACAUGAACAUUGCUUCACUGUUACAGUGAAAUAAGGCGAAGUGCUACUGAAAUCCUGUUCAGCCUGUUAUCUCUAUAUGAGUAAUCAUGUCUCCAUGCGUUAGCUGUCUGGCUCUACCCAGAUCAACGCAGAUAAUAACAACACAUACUUUCUACUCUGACUGUGAAUCUGGUCGUUUAUAAACAACAUUGUCUGAUUGUGAUGGCAACUAUCAUGGAGAAUUCAGUCUUUACAUAAGGGGCGGCAUUUUCCUUUGAGAGUUUUAUAGUUACACUUUAUAGUUAAUAAAGUUUUAUAUCCAUGUACGAAGUUAAAAAUAUCGCUUUCUCUUCUGUCCCCACAGGAGCUCAAGAAACAGAUGGAGAAGAGUUGGAAGGAGUAUGACAUAAAAGUGUAAUUAUCCAUACCCUUGUACUUAUCUUGUUAUAUCUUUAGUUGUCUCAUGGAUUCAAUUUGCUCUUUUAGAGAAGCGUCUGAGGCUCGAGACAGAUGUUGUCGCUUACAGAGAACCACGUCAUACAUUUACAGUUAAUGUUCACAUUUCACUGGGUCACUGAGGAUAGUGUAACUGCAGAGGUUAAUGAGAUAAUAGUUGAUUCCCUUCGGCCAUCUACAUUACAUUGCUGUGAAAUGAAAGUGCGUCAUUGCACUCAGAGACUAUCACUCGAUCUCACUCUGAAUAUGAUUUAGAGUCUUUUAUACCGCUGUAAGGAGAGGUAACCUCUACCGCAUAGUCUCUGAUCUGAUUCUGCUCCUCUUCUUCUCUCUGCACAAAGAAGUCAAAUUAAAUCAUGUAAAAGGCAUCAGAGAGAGAGAGCCAUGGUGGAAAUAAUCAACUCAUACGAAUUGUUGAUUUUAAAGUUAAUCAUUGCAAAAGGAUAGAAAGAGGGAGAGUGGAUAAGCAGGUAAGAAUAGUGAAGCACUGAAACUCUUUCUUUCUCUUCCCUCCCCCCUCAGAGGAAAGCUAGAGAAGGAGAGAAAAGGCAGGCAGCUGGGUCUGAUCAGGACAGAGGGAUCGGACGGAGGGGAGGACAUGGAGCGAGAGAGGCGGACCUUUCAGCUGCAAAUGUGUGAGGUGAGGGAUCGGUGCCAGUCAAAAUACCCGACUCAGACACCUUUCAUAAAUCUGAGGUGGGCUGGAUUAAGUUCACAUGGGUGGUCAGAUUUUCGUGUUUUCCGUUUGAUCUCCUUUCUGUGUCUCCAGUUGUUUUAAAUAAACUGUUUAUGCUGUUAAUAAAACAACAACAAACAUGAUCUUAAUUAGUCGAGUCUGUUAAUAUUUGGUCACGUACUGUUCAUAAAAAAGUGCAGCUUUCUGAAUUACGUCUGGAAGCCAAACAGGGGAAAAUUCCCUCAAAAUGCCAUACAUAUGCUGUUGAACACAGGUGGUGUGGUCUCAGCUUAGUGAGUCCGCUCGACAUGUAGAAAACUCUGAGAAAAAAAAGGUCUAAUCCUGACUGAGACCAGCUGUUGAGACAAAGAGGAGAGGCAGGGAAAAUGGAAUUUCCACUUGUUGCAGGCUGCUCCACCCCUCUGUCUCUCUGUUUGAUUGUCUUUCUUUCCCCCUGCAUACACACAAACACACAGAAACACACAGAAACUCACACAAAUAUACACAUAGACACUUCCCUAGGUCUCUUUCUGCUGUAGUUACACAGAGACAAAUGGAUCCAGACCUGGGUUUUAUGGAGCAAAAACAAUGUAGUCAUUCCUUCCACUCAGCUAUGAAAGUCCUUACACUGUAAAUAGUCCUGAAAGCCUUUAUGCAGCUUGGGCAGGGUGGAAAAUUCACAAUAAAGUCUGCAUUGUGUGCUUGUUUUUUUGUCAUUUGUCUAUAAAAGUAACUUGAGCAAUGAUAACUCUUUUUCUUCUCUAUCCUUUCAGUAUCUUUUGAAGAUCCAGGAACUGAAGAUGCGUCAAGGCCCUGAUCUUCUCCAGAGCCUCAUCAAAUAUUUUCAGGCUCAGCUCAGGUCAGUCUCAGCCUGCAUUACCCUCAGUUUCUACUUUGCUGCUCUUUUGUUACAAAAAGUCAAAUCAUGAAAAAGUUUUGACUUUUUCCUGGCCAGAAGAGACAUAUGGAUUUAAUUGGUACCUUUGGGUUUCAGCCUGAAAGUGAAGCAUAAUAGUUGAGGUUCUUUGGUUUUCUUUUUCCGUUUACACGCUGUUAUUACCUCUGUUAACCAUCAACCCAUUUUAUUCAUACCGGGGGUUUGCAGAGCUGCUUAUACAGCUUCAGCAUGUGAUGUUUUGGUCGGUGUGAACUCGGAUGUUUGGACUACUAUCAUGACUCAGCAUUUGUUCUUUUUGUGAUCUCAGUUUCUUUCAGGACGGGCUGAAAGCUGCGGAGAAUCUCGCUCCGUUUAUCGAGAAGCUCGCUGCUUCUGUUCACACGGUAAAUACAAAGACGCCGCUUGUAGUUCGUCUGCCUACGUGCAUUAAGUCUGUCUGUGUUUAUGGGGGUAAAUGUUAGUCAUCUACACAGCUGUUAUGAUUCAGAACAGAAGAUGCUCUUUCAUAAAGAAGAGGUGAAAACAUUGAGUUUGUGCAAACUGCUGCAGUUACACUCUUACAAAAACACAAGAAGAAAAUCCAAGAGGGACUGUUCCCGAAAAUGCUCCCCUCUUUUUCCAAAAAAGUGAAAGCAAAAGCAUCCCUCAUUUCAGCUCUUCACCUUUUUCUUCCAACCGCUCCAACCUGUUUCCAGUUAGCACAGAUCUUGCCUUCUGCCCUUUCCUGGAUAGAGCUCUGGAAACGAACGGCGAUACUGGGAACGUUAGAGGUUUUUCUGGUUCUGAGCUGAAAGAACAGAGACCCGCUCAGACAUGCCAGGCCGCACUUUCGAGAAGGAAAUCCUGACAAUAUCUGUUAUGACUCUCAGGAAAAAAAGCCAAAAUGUUUUAGUUAAAUGGAAUUAUGUUGGAUGCAAAACUGGACCGUUUGCUGCUUUAUUACAAAAUGUACAAACACCCAGAACGGCACACCCGAGUACUGAGAUCUGUUUUGUAUUAUUUAGUCCAUUACACAAUGCUCUGCUGUAUUGUCAUUCCACACCCAAGUCUGUGAUUGAAUUAAGAAAAACACACGGGCUGAUGGAUACUGGAGAAAACCAGACUCGUCUUUCAUCUGUUUGCGUUAUUUCAGUGUUAAAGCUGAAUAAAUGCACUUCUGUGUUUUGCAGGUGCGUGUGGACCAGGAUGAGGAGGUUAAACAACUCACUCAGUUGAGGGAUUCUCUGAGAUUACUCCUGCAAGUGGAGGGGAAAGAGGUGAGCUAUACCCCGUAAAUAUAACUUAAUUCAGCUGCAGAUGGCUUUUACAUUUUCACGAUAUCCAAACCUCUCCUUUUCAUUUUAGGAAUACCUGAAUAGGAAGAACUCGGGCAAUGGGUAUAGCAUCCACCAACCCCAAGGCAACAAGAAGUAUGGGACAGAGAAAUCUGGCUUUCUGCUCAAGAAGAGUGACGGGUGUGUAAAAGAUUUAGUCACAGUAUCCAAAGACGGGAUUACAGCCACGUGUUAAAAAAAAUCUGUAAACCCCUUAAAUAAUCCUGUAAUUUAUGCAUUGUUAAGUAGUUUUAUGACUGUCCAUAAACAACACUUACUGAAGCUUUUAUUUAACGUUUUUAGGAGGCAGUUUUCGCUGGGAAUGAAACCGAUACCUUUGCUAUUUUUAAAUACCUGUAUUAUCACUUAAUUGUGUUUUAAAAUAAAAGUUUUUUAUAAAGCUAACUUAAUUUAAAAGACUUGGGAAAGGAGAAAUAAUGUUUGGUACAUUUGAUUUGAGUUUAUGUAGCUUAUGGGUGGAGAUAUAACUGUAUGUAUACUUAUAUAUUUGUCCUUUUCCUCUCUUUUUUUAACAGUUUACACACUAUGCAAUGCUCUCUGUUAAUACGAUUUACUGUCUUAUAAACCCAUGUGGGUUGGGCACUUUGUGUGCAUGACAUUUCAAUAAAUUAACUAACUAACUAACUAACUAAUCACUCAAGCCGAGGGCUGGGUGUGGAGUAAGCAAAAAGAGGGGAACUCUAACUCUGUCUGACCCACCUGGUCUUCAUUAUUGUGGGGUGAAGAUUCCUGCAGGGGCCCCUCCUUAUGAUCUUAUUGGCAGACCAGCAAACUGAGCGCAUCCAACUUUUGCGUCAUGCUCACACACACACACACACACACACACUGAGGUAGAUUACUGUGAGAUAAAGAGAGGGGAUGUGGGUUCAGUAGGCUGAAUAGGAGAAGGGAAGAGAGCAAACUGUCCUCAAACCACGAAAACAAAGCAGGACACGCUGUCAGCUUUUCUACCUAAAUCAAUCAAGAUAAUGAAAACGAGAUUAAACCCUGUGACCAGGAGGUAGCUUUGCCAGCUCUGUUUAGAUCAUCAUUCACUCCAAGGCUACACUGUUUGUACUGAAUGCACUGUACAGAAACUGGCCAGGUUGAUGACCUCAUGGCAAUAACACAUGCAUAUCUGUUUUUCUCUCUGCGUCUUGGGGAUUUCAUCGCUCAGGAUCAGGAAAGUUUGGCAGAAGAGGAAGUGUGGAGUGAAAUUUGGCUGCCUGACAAUUUCUCACAGCACGGUAGGGGUCACAUGCUUCAACAGUCACCAUGCAUUUGGUCACUGAAUCGUGUCCGAUACAAUCCUGACAAAAACAUGUGUCUGUGUCUACAGAUUAAUCGACCGCCAGCUAAACUGAACCUCCUGACCUGUCAGGUGCGGCCGAACCCAGAGGAUCGAAGGAUCUUUGACCUGGUCACUCGUAGGUUCAUUCUUUUGCUAUUGACCCUGAACACUUUGACCCUGGGGACCCAUGUGCAGUGCAGCUGUGUGCUCGCCUGCCCAGAAUUUAAAGAAAUAAGAAUUAGCCGUGGUGACAAUGUCUAAACACCAUCUUCCCAUCUCCUUAGAUAAUCGGACGUACCAUUUCCAGGCAGAGGACGAGCAGGAAUGCGUGAUGUAAGUGUUGAUAUGACUGUAGGCAACACACCAGCCUUCCCUACUGCCAUAUCCCCCGUACUGUGUUUUCUCUUUACAUGGGCUAGUUGUGACAUGUAUCGCAGCUUAGUUGAAACUAUGAGCUGUAUGCAAAAGAAGCUGUACAGUGAUCUAAAGACGGCUAAGAUUGCAGAGAAACCCAGAGGUGUACUCAAAUGAAUGUCGAAGAUAAAAAAACACUUAGUAAAAAGAAGCAGUGUUUUAAAAAAUAGAGAGAAACAGAAGGGUGUAGAAGAAGAAAAAAAACUAGUCCUUGAAGAGCCCCCUGGCCUGGCUGGUGUUCAGUGGGAUUUUUUUUCUCUCUGAGUUUUUCUCUUUUCAACAUCAAGGAAGGGAACAUUGUUUGGUGAUGUGAGACUAAAAAAAGGAGGUGCAUUUAGUCUUUUUUUUCUUCCCUUUACUUGUGUGAGGGCCUCCAGGCAGAUUCUUUGAUGUGUAAGCUUGGGGACAGAGGGAGUUUGACUAGUUUGAGGGGAAAAGUACCAAAGCUUCAGACAUGAAAGAUGCGAGGUUUUGGUCUGAGUGGUGGAAGUCAUGAAACUUCGAAAGUGAGAGCAAUGAUGACUAAUCAUAAAACAACUGAAUACAUGUGCAAAACACAUGGUGGGCUACCACUGAUCUUCUGAGUGAAGGGCUGAAAUGAUUGAUCAUUUGGUUUCUCUUGAUGCCUCAAACUCAAGGGUUUUAAAGUCCCACUCUGAUCGCUUUUUUUUUCUUUUUUACCACUUUAAAUGUUCUGAGUGGUCUUUAAAUUGUGAUUAUUAAGUUUUUACCAAAAAUCACAUUACCUGUGUCAUCUUCAAGGGCUUUUCUUCAGCAGAGCUCUUGUAGAUCAUUGACAAUUCGCCUCUGAGUCGUAGCGCAGCUCUGCACACUCGUCUUCACGUUAGCUUGCAGCCUAGCAUUGUCGGUGUAGUAGAAGUGGAAGGUAACAUGGGAGCUGUUUAGCUCUUGGACACUCAUAUCUGAAAGCUUAUAUCAUAAUUAGCUUUCUUAUGAGCAUUGCAAUCCGCUAACGCACACGCUUGUUCUGCAGGCUAAGCUCCGAGGGGGUGGAGCUUGGAUUGGUUAUGUAUGAAAUGGUACUGUUUCUGAACCUGCUGUUUGGGUCUGCCAGAGAUUCACAGCGAUUUGAAUGAAGAAAUACUCUGAAAAGCAAUUGUUUAUUUGUUUUUUUAUGAUGAUAUGUCCUGUAGCACCAGAAAAGUGCCAUAUGAACAUGUAAAAAACAAGAAAAACAUGAUUUUCAUCGGAGUGGGUCUUCAAAAAGGUUAAAAAAAGAAAUUCCUGCCUCCUCCGUUCACACCUUCCUAUACUGAUAUACAUCUUCUCUUUAGAUGGGUGUCUGUCCUGCAGAACAGUAAAGAGGAGGCCUUGAAUACAGCCUUGGGAGGAGACCAGCUUCACCUUCAAGACAGUGGACUCCAGGAUCUUUCCCGAGCCAUCAUCGCCGAGCUCCGACAAAUGCCUGGAAAUGAAGCCUGUGCCGACUGUGGAGCUGCAGGUCAGCGAAUAGCGGCGGUCGAUUAUGUCUGCUGAGUGAAAAAUAGAAACAGAUCAAAUCACGAUAACUUUGAGCUGCUUCCAUCUUACUCUUAAAGGCUUUAACAGUUUGAGCUGGGAUUUUUGAGAGCAUCUUUCAAACAGUCUGUUGACUUUUAUCCCAGAUCCAACAUGGCUGUCGACCAAUUUGGGCAUCCUGACAUGUAUAGAGUGCUCUGGCAUCCACAGAGAGCUGGGAGUUCACUACUCCAGGAUCCAGUCCCUCACUUUGGACCUGCUGAGCACCUCUGAGCUUCUGGUACUAAAAUCACACAAAAAUACACAGUCAUUGUGGGUUUAUGAAGUCAAGCUUUCCUAAUUACAGACAUUAUGUAACCGUUUUCUCUUCAUUGAAGUAACAUCUUUAUGUCAUUUCAGUUGGCAGUCAGUAUUGGCAACACAAGAUUCAAUGAUAUCAUGGAGGCUGGCCUUCCCAGUGACUCUGUCAAACCAUUACCACAAAGUGAUAUGUGAGUGUCUGUUUCUUAUUAGCAAAUCUGAUUGUUUUGAAUGAACAGUUUAUGUUUAUUAAACGUGUAUACUCCUUGAUUUUCCAUCAUUGCGCUUACUUUCCAAACAGGAAUGCCAGAAAGGAGUACAUCGUGGCGAAGUAUGCCGAGCGGCGGUAUGUCCUGCGUAGAGAAGAAGCAGAUCCCGGCCGGCUGUACGAUGCUGUGCGGAGUCGUGAUAUCACUUCACUUCUGCAGCUCUUCGCUGAGGGAGCAGAGAUCUCCAAACCGCUCACACUCCCCGAUGGGCAGGUGAAGAUGAUUUAGUGAAUCUCUACAGCUGCUUUCCUUUCUCUGAAAUGUAUCCCGUUCGGCAGGAAAUGCGUGUUGUGACAAAUUUAAACUACAACAUCCCCACAGAUGUCAUGCAUUUAGUUUGAAUGGCAGCUACAUCCUGAAGAGGCCGCCCACCCGGCUUGUGUGGAGCUGCAUGCACAUUUUUUUAAAUGAAGGAAAAAUCUUGGCGCUUCAGGCAUGUGGCUCAAAUAUCUAAAUAUAGGAUCAAAUCCCCUACAGCUUUACAAAAAGCCUCCACAUUCAGCAUGUAGGAGGUGUGGAUAGAUACAGUAUGUAAAGUAUGUGUUGAUUGUCUGCAUGCCUCAUGUGGGUGGGUAGUCCCAGGCCCUCCCAUCUCUGCUGGCCUCUAAUCCAAACCCUCCUCCCUCAUCCUCUUCUGUCUCUAUAACUCCUUGUCUGUAAUCACCCUCUCUCCUCCUAUCAUACACUUCCUGCUCAGCAUAAGUAGCAUGUGUAGCACUGCCGACUUCACUCCAUGUGCGCGCGAAUGCGAGUGUUUGUUUGUGUUGGUCGGCCCUCGUUUAUUAUUCCAGCUUCGAGGUCAGAGCUCGAGUCUCUUGAGAACAGGCGAGAUGUGCUCAUUGAAUUACGCAGGCACUUCUGCGUUUCCUCCGCCCAUUUAUUUACACUGUGAACAGAUAGUGUUUGAAGCUCUAACCCACAAACACAAACUAGCUGUUGCACAAUCUGGCUUUUUUACAUCAGCACAGAACACGACCGUGUGGUGCUGCUGGUUGACAUUGAAUAUUUUGUAAAUCUCACUUAUUAAAGACCCACUUCGAUUGUUUUUUUUUCUUCUUUGCGUUAGUUUGCAGCCUAACAUUGCCGGUGUAGUUGAAGAAUCAGAUAAUAUAGGAGCUAUUCAGUCAGACACUAAUGUCUUUAGGAACACAAUGAAAGCUAAUAUCAUAAUUAGCUUUCUUACAAGCAUUGCAAUCUGCUAACGCACACACUUGUUCUGCGAUCGUCCUCUGUAUUUCUCCUCUAUAUGCAGAGUCUGGCUUGCAUAGUGGGGUUUCGGGGGGCGGAGCUUGGAUUUGUUACAUAUGAAAUCUCACUGUCACUGAACCUGCCAUUUGGGUCUGCCAGAGAUUCACAGCGAUUUGAAUGAAGAAAUACUCCGAAAAGCAAUUGUGCAUUUAGUUUUCUCAUGAUUUGUCCUGUAGCAUCAGGAAAAAUGCCAUAUGAACAUAUAAAAAACAAGAAAAACAUGAUUUUCAUCAGAGUGGGUCUUUAAGACCAACAGAUUUGCUUAAUUUGUUUCUGGUUUUGUCUAACUCAAGGGGAUAAAAGAGACGGCUCUUCAUCUUGCUGUGCGUCUGGAGGAAAAAAGCUCCUUGGCACUGGUGGAUUUCCUCUGCCAGAACAGGUUAGACUCUAACAAUAAGUCAGAUACACCAUCCACCCAUUGUAUGUGGAAGAUCAAGCUUUUGAUGAGUAAUGUUGCUUUGAAAGGUGAAACCAAGAACCCUCUGACUUUACUGUAUUUUCUCUGUACAGCAACUGUUUGGAGAAGAGGACAGCAGAAGGAAACACGGCUCUUCAUUACAGCGUCUUGUACCACAAACCAGAGUCUCUAAAGCUGUUGCUCAAAGCAAAGGCUGCCCUUCAAACAGGUACCUUAACCUCCUUUAAUCUGCUCCUUCUUCACCCACUGAUUUCAGUAAACACUUUAAUCAGCACUUCUUUUACUACUUCUGCAGUGAACUCAGCUGGAGAGACCGCUCUGGAUACUGCUCGCAGACUGCAGCACACACAGUGUAUCGAGCUGGUAAGGCCACAAUUCCUCCUUUUUUUUUUUUUUUUAAGUGUAUGAUUUCAUUCAUAAAAUCAGCGAACACACACACACAGAGUGAGGAGGAAUUAAGUUGCAACAUAAAAUGCCUACCAGAAGGCCAACUCCAGAAACAAAACAAGAUAACUUCCACAGCUGGAAACACUACCUUAAAAUAACUCCCUGUGCAGCAAAGCUCGGCUGAGAACUCACUCCCAGGAUGAGGAAUCUUAUCCUCAUCAUCUCCCACUGUGGAUCAUUUAUAAACUGGUCUUAUUUUCUUACCGGCCAUCUGCCCUACUGAAUCAGACCUGCUUUGUGUAAUAUCCUGUUUGAUCAACCUUGUUUUACAGGCCUAUUGAGCUAGCAUUGUUCACUUGUAUCAGACAGAGAGCAGCUAAUACAGACAGUUAAAAUAAAAACCCCAGAUCAGGACUACUAACGGACUACUACUGCAACAAAUGUACCUGAUUAACAGAGCCAAGUACACAGUUACUGCACCAUCUCUGUGCCUGUUAUUGCUAGUGCAUCGCUGGAUAUGUGUAAUGUGUAUUUGUGCUCCUGUGUUUGUGUGUUUUAGUUGGAACUGGCCCAGAGUGGGAAGUUCAACUCUCAGAUCCACGUGGAGUUCAUGUGGGAGACACAGUCCCAGGAGCUUUAUGACAGCGAGGAUGACCUGGAUGAGAGGGUAAACAACACGCUCACACACACACACACACACACACUCAGCAAAUCUUUUUACUCAGUUUUUGCAACUUUAUACAGUGUAGAGAACAACAUGGUGGCAUUUCCCAGCAAAAUUGCCUUUAACAACUGGAAAAACAAACACUUCAUUUUUUUAAAACUGGAAACUAACUUUGUGCUCCUUUUUUAGGUGAGCCCUUUACCCAAAAACCGUUCCCCCCCAUCUACAAACGGAGGAGGUGGGUCUCCCUUUUCCCGCUGGAGUGUGGUUAAUGGUGCCAACAGUAAUUCAGGAAGCAGGCCGUGUCAGACGUACGAGAACUUAGACUUCCUGUACAGAAAUCCUCCAGCCAACAGCGCCCCCUCUGGCGCAGCAGCACCACCACCACCUCUGCCAGCAAAGUCCAUACAGAGAGGUGACCAAGUUUUUUUUUUUUUUUUUAUUGCCAAUAUAAAGCUCAAAGUCCUUCCUAUCUCUCAUGGAUGUGCACUCUUGCUCCUGCUCUUAUUUUGACAUCACCUGUCUCCUUCUCUUUCUCAACAGGUCGCUCAGACCCCCAGCUGUCAACCGUGACAAUACAGGAAGGCAACGGCAUCCCGCGACGCUGCUCCAACCCCAUCUCCUCCAGCCCUCAGACACAGACGAGACAGAGCACAAACUCACCAAACACAGAAAACCAGAGCCAAGGUGGAAGACAUCCGAGGUCACCUCAUGGACAGGGAGGCCAUGCGAAGGGGCUGAAAGAGGGCCACACAGGUGCUAGUUCUGGCUCUCAGAGCAAUAUCGCAACGACGUCAUCCUCUCAGAGUCACAUCGGACCUGUCAGGUAAGAGGAGUAUAAAUUUUAACACCCCUUUGACCCUUUUGUUUUUUAACAAAAUAUUCCCAUGUUUCUUCAACACUUUUAACAGUAUCACUUCUUGUGAAUUCUCCUCCAUGCAGUUCAGAGAAGACCACAUCUUAUCGUCGGACCAGCAGUGGAGGAGGCAGUCAGGGGAAGUGUGGCAAGUUGUCGCCGAGCUGUGUGGGCAGUCAGGAGGAAUUGUACUGCAGUUUAGUGGGGAACAGCACCCCUGCUCCCACUCCUGCACCGUCAUCCUCACCGACUGUGACCUGUGUCCCACGACCCCGCAGGAAUGCCAUGGUACAGUCACAUAGAAACACUUUUUUCAUCUUAACCCUCCUCCUGUGUUCGGGUCUGCACCGACCCGCUUUUGUUUUUAAAUGCUUAAAAGGACGACUUAAAUUAAUUUUUGUGCAUCAAGACUUUUUGACUUUGUUAGGAAACUCUAUUUCAACAAAAUAAAAACAAAAAAUUUAAUUGACUAAAUUAUAAAAUGCUCUUAUUAAAAUUAUGGCACUUGUCGUGUUAGGGUCGCUGUUGACCCGGUUAGAUCAAUAUCUAAUAAUUGGAGCAAAAAAUAAAAUCAUACGUGCCAUACUGACAGUCAGAUCCUCUUCCAAUCAUGUGAUAUUUAGGAAAUUCUCAUUUUUCCUUGUUUUUUACUGCACAAAAAACAACUUCUGGCAUGUCCAGACAUGUCAGAUCAGUUCAGUACAGAUGUCUGUGUGAGAGGUAUACUGACAAAGAAAGGCCCAGAGGAUCACUAAAAAACUAUUAUAAGCAAUAUUUUCAUGGAUAAUGAAGCCUAACAAGGUAACCUGGAGAUGAGAACCAAACUGGAUGAUAGAGAAAUGUUUUUAGUGUAAAAACCGACCCUUAACAUAGUGGGUGCGUAGUAAAAGCUAACACAGGCUGAAGGUUAACCAACAAUCUAAGUCCUCCAUAGAAUAAUCAGCAUUUUGUCUGGACUCCUGUUUUAAUCAGGAUGAGCCUGUAAAAACUUCCUGGUCAGAUAAACCUGUUUGUGGCACUCUGAUAAAGUAUCACAUGUCUCCUGCAGGUCUCUGGCAGCAGGCCACAUCAGAAGCGUGUCAAGGCUUUAGUGGACUGCAGGGCAGUCAGUUUAGAGCAACUUGCCUUUUUCAAAGAUGAGAUCAUUGUGGUCACAGCCACUAGUGACCCCCACUGGUGGGUAAGUGCAUCUACAACUUCUUGAUUUAUUUUUUUAAGGAAGUGAAAUUUUCUUCACUUUAGAUCCAAGUCUUAAAGCAUGGACUUUUCAAAUAUUAACAUUUUAAAUUUUGCAUUACUCUAUCUGCUUACAGGUUGGUCACAUAGAGGGGGACCCGAGCAGGAGCGGGACUUUCCCUGUCAACUAUGUGCACAAGCUGGACUGAAGGGAAUGUAUCUUCAGGAGAGGACAGUGUUUUUUCUUUAUCCAGAUCUGAACUGAGGAAAAACGAAAUAUAUUUACAAGGAUAAGCUGACUAAAGGAGACCUGGAGAUGGAAAUGACACAACUUUGUAAUCUUGAACUUCUACUCAUGGAGGAAAGCUUUCAGAGCCUCAUCAAGCUCCUCAUUUUGGACAUUAUUUCGGUUGUUUUCUUUUCAACAAUGUGUUCCUCCAGUUAUCUAAAACCAUGAAACUCUAUUUAAAGGUACAGUGGCCUUUGUGGUCAGGUUAAAAAGUGGUCUGAUGUCUGUUUAACCAGAUGCAGAGUUUUAAAAUACUGCUCUGAGAUCUGUACCUAAAGAAAAAAUUCACCUGCAGGGGAAACACCCCUUUAAGGCACUUUAAACUCACAAAGAAGAGCAGGCACAGAUGUAAACACGGGCACAUUAAGCUGCUUAACUUGUGAAUGGAAAUUUCCUCGUGUUUUCGAUUCACGGUGUACUGAGAGUCGGGCUGGAGCCUCAGACCUGCCCAGUGUCUGUUGCAGCCUGUCCCGGGACUCUAAAAGUGGCUUUGUGCCUGCCAGUCUGUCUCUGACAAAACCGGCGGACGUCUGGGCAAACCCAUGGAGAGAUCUGAAACUUUAGCCGGGCACAGCACACAGGCAGCAAGAAGACUGGAGGGGGGGAUCUAAUUUCCUCUGGCUCCAAGCUUCAUGUCCCUGGAGAACCUGGAGUAACAGUGCGGUGUUAUAAAAAAAAAGACUGCUAUACCAGGAAAUGGCACUUUGAAAGGGCUUGUUAGUAACAGCACCCUGCUGCAGUGAUUUGUUCAGUGAACUCACUCUCUCUGUUGGUGCAUGCACACACAUAGUAGCUCCCAGGAUCUAGGAACCUAUAGGGAAACAGAUGGGGUGCAGCUGCUCCACUUUUUGUACUUGUAAUAAAAACCAAAUGUAACACAUUUCACAGCUAUUACACAGAAUUUGUUGUACAUACUUGUCUAUAAAUGUUCAUAGAUGUACAGUAUAUAUAACCUGCUUUCUUAUGUGUUGUAAGCAUCAUAAAUGUAUCAUAACAGAUAGUUUAGCCUCAUGUCGGUGAUUGUUCUUUAAUUGGAUUACAAUUAUCCUCCGAUCUGUUUCAUUAUUUGUCUUAUUAGCUGUCAGAGAGAGAGAGGGGUAAACAGAUUAAGGAAGUGAUCAGUGUUCACAGAGCUGAAAACAAACACUGACAAUGAUGACAGAACGAAUCUUUCCUGAGUAAAUAACUGUGAGGAGUCUGUUUGGCACUGUGUCUCCUGUCCUUUUUGUGUUGAUCACUAAGAAAUCAAAUCAUCACACAGAUGUGUUAUCAGGAGACUAAAGCAGAGGAUGACUGCAUCAGAGCACAUACACAAAGAGAGACUGUAGAAAUGUAAGCAGUAGAUCAACUUGUUUUGGUCAAAAAAACAUAAAAGACACUUUGAAUGGAGUGCCAUACUUGGUUUUAUUGUGUUAAAUAGAUGUUGAAUUAAAUACCUGAAAUAUACCAGGGUAAUGUUGCGCAUCUCCUAAGAUAGAUGUUAAAUGUCCUCAUUUUUGAGAACAGCUCUGUUAGCUUUGUUUGAUUGCUUAUUGAAACCUUGCACAGCUCUACUUUAAUCAGAUUUCAAAGAAAUACGGUCCCUGUUCAUGUCUUGACAUCACAGCAUCUGUUUUAAUUACAAAAAUAUGAGCACCA